UUAAGUAGAAAUUGUUUACAUGUGACGUCACUUCCUGGUUGACGCUGCGGAAGCGCUCGAAGAAAGCAACAGAAAGGACUGAAGAAGACAUGGCUGAACUGUCGCUGUACCUCACAAACGUUAACGUGUCUCUGGGGCAAACUAUGGACACGGAAAAGAGUUCAACAGUGGUGAAGGAGUUUGAAAAUGUGGAACUUGGAGAUCUGGGCAAAAAGAAGCCAAAGAUUCCUCGCAGAACAAUCUACUUUGCCUCUGGUGAAACCAUGGAAGAGUACAGCACAGAUGAAGAGGAGGAAGAAGAACCAGAGAAAGCGAAGACUUUAAGUACAGUGGAUACGUCAAAGUUGACCUGGGGUCCAUACGUCUGGUUCCAAAUGUGGAGAGUGGCUACCUCGACCAUCUCAGUCUGUGACUAUCUUGGAGAGAAAAUGGCCUCACUGCUGGGAAUCACGACGCCAAAAUACCAGUAUGCAAUUGAUGAGUACUACAGGAUUAAGAAAGAGGAGGAGGAAGAAGAGCAGGAGAACCGUCUCUCUGAGGAGGCAGAACGGCGUUUUGAGGAGCAGCACAAUCAGGACGGCCAGCAGCCAAAGAUCGAGCAACCAGAAGGAACUGCUUCUUUUGUGAACGUGACCUUUGAACUGGAGCAGGAAUCACAUGCUUCAUCUGAUGCUAAUAAAGUGCCUGCCCCCAUUCCCUCCUAAAAUACUGUUUAGUUGAUUGAGCAUAUUAGAUGGUUUUUACCAUAUUAACCUUAGAUGUGAGGAGUGCUAGGUUUCUUUUUUGGAGGGGAAGUUUACACGAAGUUAAACAUGAAGGUAACGUUGUUUAUGCAUAGCUCACAAUGGUUCUGCUUUUAAUGCAGAACUGUUUAAUAAUCCUUUUACAAGCCAUACAUAAAACUAUGGAAGCUUAUUUCUGGCAUGGAAUAAAAAUGUAAAAAGUAAUUGUGAAUUUACUUUACAAAUCUGACUUUUUCUCUGAAUUUUGCAGUUCUCUUUUUUUUUUUUUUUGACAAUUUUUAGACACCUAACCUAAAUUUAAAGAAAAAAGAAAACCUCACAACUGCAAGAUAUAAACUAGCAAUUCUGAGAAAAAAGUCAGAAUUUGAAAGAUUAAAAAGUCACAAUUAGCAACCAAUCGGAGUGCCCUAGCAGCCGUUUAGCAAGACCUAUAUCUCUGCAUCAGAACAUUGUGACAUGGGACUUGGCUCUUUUGACUCAUGUUAGCAAGCAAGACUUCCAACAUGCUACACAUGCCAGCAGUAAAUAACUAUAUGUUAUUAGCGAUUAGUCAUGUGUUAAAACAUACAAAUUCUAAUUGUUAAAUUAUAAAAAGUUUUGCCACGUUGAGCACCACUCCCAUUUCCUUCAGAAAAUGUACAUAUUUUUUAUUCUGUGGUGGAAAUAAUGUUCCUUAUAAAACCAUAUAUAUCCAUAUAAAACCUCUGAGUCACUACAACAAUUCAUUGUUACCUGAAAUAGCCUAAGCUAAACACUAUAACAACUGCAUGGAUUACCAAUCUUUUACAAUGCUGUAUAAUGGGAGUACUUAUAAUACUUAGACAUUUCUAUGUUACUGGUGAUGCUAGGAGUUGUCAGAUGGGAAUAUUCCCUCUUUCUUAAGUCAGCGUUUUCAGAGCUGACAACAUUCAAGAAGUUAUUUUUGUAACCAAAUAUUCUUUUUAUGUGAAUCCAUUAUUUUUGGCAUGCAUGUAAAUGUGUGCUUUACCCAUGAGAUUUGAGUUCAAUUUGUCCACCCAUCUGACACGCACAGAAAAAAGCAUUUCAUUUGGAGAGUGUGUAAUUUAUUGUGUACAAUAAUUUUGUAUUAUGUAGGUGAAAACACACCUACCUUUCUAUAAUGUAGGUGAAAAAAUACAGUUUGUUUUGUACAUAUUACUUAAUAAACAGCUCAAUAUACAAAUGAGCUAUUCUGUGAA